GUUGACGUUAACGUUUAUGUAUGCGGCAUGCCAAAACUUUAUCAAUGUUUGUGAAAAGUCACGCUGAAUUGUUUUGAUGGCGGCACAUAUGGAACGUUAUGCCUGUAUCUCACUGAAAAAAAUGAAUAAUCGGCAACUGCGAAUUCGGAAGAACUACUUGAUGAAUCCAUUUGGCCUACCCACAGAUUACCUUGAACAAAGCUGAUAGCAGUGACUCUGGUAUGGUUAAACAUAUUUCUAGGUAAAAGUCACGCCGAAUUGUGGCUUUGUACCCGACGCCACCCCGUAUAAUCUUAUAUUUAUGAUGGCAUAGACCGG